UUUAAUUAACCUUACUACAACCUACAACAAAACCCUCGGUGCUCUGAACAUUCACAACAUUUCCAUCGUUUCCUUUAUUUUGGAACAUAUGACUGUAUACAGUAUGUAAACGGGUCACACUAAAUAAUAAAUAAUUACGUGCACAGUGGGUAAAGUAAAGAUCCUGGCGGGAAGUCUGAACGGAGUUCACUAAACUGAGAUAAACUUUCUAUGCCUGUUUAUUCUAGUCGGCCUGCUAUGCUGCAGGCAGCUGAAGUCAGUCUUGUUUUGCUUCGGGGUUCUGAUCUGGAACAGCCUAUGUUCGUGCGACAAUUUUCAGGGACCACAUGAGGCGAGGGGCGAAGCAUGCACGCAGAACACCUGAGCGAGUGGCAGCGCCGGUCCUUUGACAUUUCAUCUGGCACCUGCUCACCUGAACAGAAGGCCGAGGCCUACCGUGCGCACAUCCUCAGCAUUCAGUAUGCAUGGGCAAGCGCGACCCUGUCGCAGCCCGCUGCGGCCAGCCUGCUGGGGACGCUCACCGAGCGCUACGCCGCCAUCCUGGACUCCGACAACCCGCGUGCCGGGCUCAACAACUACGCCGAGAGCGCGCUCCACCUGGCCCGCAGUCAGAGGAACGAGAGCGACCGCUGGGAGUCCUCCCUGACGGCCGGCGUCGCGCUGGGGCUGCCCUGCAUGCGGCGCGCCCUCACAGGCAGAGCCCAGGACUCUGCGGGGGCCCCGGCUGACGCCCAGGUCGUGGUGGGGGGCGACAUCAGUCAGGGUCCGGCAGAGGGGUUUGGGGCCGCUGUCGGGGGCCUAGUCAGAGACGCUGCGGAGACCACGGAUGAGGCCGCUACCGCCUUCCCUCUCUCCUCCAGCAGGGAGCCGCCCAGGGCCACGUCCCUCUUCGGCCAUAGCGCUCCUCCCUUCGCCGGCCCUCCUCACCAAGCCAACGGUGGCUGCCACCAGCCUGCGUUCUUCUCCUCCUCCUCGAACGCCUCGAAGCGGAAAGCCUUCUACGGCCAGGGCGAGGAGGUCCGGGGCCCGGAGCAGGAAUCCCACCGGGGCCCCGACGCCCGCGGGAGGAGAGGCGAGGACAGCCGCGCCACCACCUUCAGAUCCGCUCGGGAGCAGCUGAGCGUCGGCCAGCAGAAGAAGCAGGGUGCCCAGCCUCAGCGCGGGCUCCCCUCCGGCAGCCUGAAAAAGUCCCUGGGCGCCAGCAGGUCCCGGGGAGCCUUCUCAAAGUUUGUGUCCCCCUUGCCAAAGCAGGAGGAGGGUGACUCCGGCGGCGCCGGGAGCGGAACAGGCCAGGAGCUGCAGCUCGUGGACGAACGGCUCAAGAACAUGGAGCCCAAGAUCAUCGAGCUAAUCAUGAGCGAGAUCAUGGACCACGGACCCCCCGUGGCCUGGGACGACAUCGCGGGCCUGGACUUCGCCAAGGCCACCAUUAAGGAGAUCGUGGUGUGGCCCAUGCUGCGGCCGGACAUCUUCACCGGCCUGCGCGGGCCCCCCAAAGGGAUCCUGCUUUUCGGGCCCCCGGGAACGGGCAAGACCCUGAUAGGCAAGUGCAUCGCCUGCCAGUCGGGGGCCACUUUCUUCAGCAUCAGUGCCUCCUCCCUCACCUCCAAGUGGGUGGGCGAGGGCGAGAAGAUGGUGCGGGCCCUGUUCGCCAUCGCGCGCUGCCACCAGCCCGCCGUCAUCUUCAUCGACGAGAUCGACUCGCUGCUCUCCCAGCGCACCGACGGCGAGCACGACUCCUCGCGCCGCAUCAAGACCGAGUUCCUCGUCCAGCUGGACGGGGCGGCCACGUCGGCCGACGACCGCAUCCUGGUGGUGGGGGCCACCAACCGGCCGCAGGAGAUCGACGAGGCGGCGCGCCGGCGGCUGGCGAAGCGGCUGUACAUCCCGCUGCCCGGGGCGGCGGCCCGCCGGCAGAUCGUGGCCCGGCUGACGGCCCGCGAGCGCUGCCAGCUGGGGCCGGACGAGCUGGAGCAGGUGGUGGCGCGCUCCGAGGGCUUCUCCGGGGCGGACAUGAGCCAGCUGUGCCGCGAGGCCGCCCUCGGCCCCAUACGCAGCAUCCAGAUCGCCGACAUCGCCACCAUCUCCCCCGAGCAGGUGCGUCCCAUGCUCUACUCCGACUUCCAGGAGGCUCUCAAGACCGUGCGCCCCAGCGUGUCUCCCAAAGACCUGGAGCUCUACAAAGAAUGGAACCAGACCUUUGGCUGUGGCCGAUAGACCAGGCGCCAGCAUCUGACCUGUUAUCUCCAUAGAAUAGACAUUUUAGAAAUCUUUACAUUUUUUAAGGUUCAGCAGGACUUUGUGGCUAUUUCUUUAUUGAAGUACAAAUUUGAAUCACUUUACUUAAGUUCAAUUAAAAAGGCAACAUGGUACUUUCCCAAAGAUGUAUAUGCUACUGUUAUAUAGAUUAUGAUGAUAGCAUUUAUUUAUGAAAUACUCAGGCACUAAAAGUUAGGUAUCUUCUUUGAUUUACAAUGAAAAUGUUUAUUCAUUAAGUGUUGUAAUGUUUUAUAUAACCGUUUUUGUUACCUUUGGAUGAAGUCACAAAAUGAAUAUACACUUCUGUUUUGUAUCAAGGCUAAGGAAUUCAAUUCUGAAUAUUUCUAUAACUGUAUGUAUAUCUCAAAUAAAUCUUCUGAAACUUUUCACUUUAUGGAUGCUUUGCUUCCACUAAUAAGGAGACCGCAGGUUUGCUUUGUGAUAAAGAAUAAAAAUAAAACCCUAUACUGACUUGC